AUGUGCUUCCCUGAAGACAUCAGUGUGACUGUUCCCUUUGGCACUCCAAACACAACAGUGACCUGGGCUGAGCCAACAACAAAUGACAAUUUGGGAACUGUCAUCUCAAGCAAGACAAUAGAAUCUGGAAGCCCCUUCCCAACUGGACAGACAACAGCAGUGACUUACACCUUCACUAAUUCUACAGGAAAUUCAGUCAAGAAAACCUUCCAAGUUACAGUGGUUGAACUAACUGAUACAGUAUUACCUCAGGUGACAGCUUUCCCAGAGGAUGUCUCUGUUACCAUUCCAUUUGGAAAAUCUGAUGUGUCUGUAGUUUGGCCAAAUCCAACAGUGUCCAACAACUCGGGACCAGUCAUAAUUAACUCAGACAGGCAACCGGGAAGUUUCUUUUCUCCAGGAACCACCCCUGUGACAUAUUUAUUCACAGAUCUUUCCGGAAAUUCAGUCACUCGAACAUUAAAUGUGAAGGUGAAUGUGCUAGCAGACAGAACUGAUCCUUUUGUCACUAGCUUCCCUGAAGACAUCAGUGUGACUGUUCCCUUUGGCACUCCAAACACAACAGUGACCUGGGCUGAGCCAACAACAAAUGACAAUUUGGGAACUGUCAUCUCAAGCAAGACAAUAGAAUCUGGAAGCCCCUUCCCAACUGGACAGACAACAGCAGUGACUUACACCUUCACUAAUUCUACAGGAAAUUCAGUCAAGAAAACCUUCCAAUUUGGCCAAAUCCAACAGUGUCCAACAACUCGGGACCAGUCAAUUAACUCAGACAGGCAACCGGGAAGUUUCUUUUCUCCAGGAACCACCCCUGUGACAUAUUUAUUCACAGAUCUUUCCGGAAAUUCAGUCACUCGAACAUUAAAUGUGAAGGUGAAUGUGCUAGCAGACAGAACUGAUCCUUUUGUCACUAGCUUCCCUGAAGACAUCAGUGUGACUGUUCCCUUUGGCACUCCAAACACAACAGUGACCUGGGCUGAGCCAACAACAAAUGACAAUUUGGGAACUGUCAUCUCAAGCAAGACAAUAGAAUCUGGAAGCCCCUUCCCAACUGGACAGACAACAGCAGUGACUUACACCUUCACUAAUUCUACAGGAAAAUCAGUCACGAAAACCUUCCAAGUUACGGUGGUUGAACUGAGUUGUAGUUCCCGAGUCAAGCGACUGACUGAGCUCUCUUCUCUAAAGAAAAACCCCAAUGUGCAGCAAUUCAGGCCAUACAAGGAGCCCGAGCUUCUACCAGAUGAGCAGACUGCUCUUGCAGAGCUUUCCUUUUGUGGACUGAAAUUGUCAAGUCCUGAAGCGGUACUCUAUGAGAAACGACAGUUGUACACACAACCAAGUCGUUCAUCAGAUGUGUCUGAUUCAGAUUGUGAUUCGGAUGGUUCAGAGUGGCACUACGAAGAUGAUGAAUCAGGAUCAGACAGCAGUGAUAAUACGGACAGUGAUGCAGAGUCAGACAGUCAGUCCACAAUUUUUCCUGUUUGUAACAAUCCACCCAGGAAGCCGAAAGUUUUGCCGGUCAAUAGUAAAACAGGGUCUCAGUCUAAACCAACAUCCAAGUAUAAGAAACCAAAACGCAUGUGCCCAUUUUGCAAAAAGUACUUUCAAGAAAAACUAACGAGGCAUGUUCAACUGGUGCACAAAAAGGUAAAAGAAGUUUCAAAUGCCAUGAAUCUGCCGAAAAAUGAGAGGGAUGCAGCUUUUGAUUUUCUCAAGAAGAAAGGUAUUCUGGAAGCAAACCAGGAACAAAUGAGAAUGUCAACACCAGUUUAUCAGCGAGAAAGGAAGACCUCGAAUGAUAGCAAACUUGUCUUGUGUGGGCUUUGUAAUGGGUUUUACUCGAAGAUGUAUUUCAAAAAACACAAGUAUAGGUGUCAGGGAGAUUCCAAUUCAACAGCAUGCUCUAUUCCUCUGUCAUUAAUGACGCCAAAUGAUGACAUCUCAGAAGAUUUCAGAAGAGACAUUCUUUGCAAAUUCAGAGACACCAAAGUAGGUGAUAUUUGUCGAACUGAUCCUGUUGUCUUAAGUAUAGGGAAACAGCUUUGGCGAAAAGGGAUGAACAAGAAAGACAAGGUGACGGAAGUUAAGAAGUCUGUCAUGUCAGACAUGAGGCGGCUUGCCUCUUUGUAUCUUGUUUAUAAAGAUCAAGAUGCUGCCUUGGCUAAUAAUCAGGAGAACUCCACAGUGGCAGAAAUGUUCAAACGAGAACAUUUUAAUGUGUUAAGUGAAGCAAUUCAAGAUUACACCACACAGGCUGAUUCCUCAGGCAUCAAGAGUGGUCUGAAGACUGCACUGUACUACCUUAUUAAGAAGGCGUGCAAAAUAAUCAAAUCCAUCCAUUUGAUGGAACGUCAAGACGAGUCUGCUGCAGAGAUAGAUAGAUUUAUAUCCGUCUUUGAACUCAAUCAUGAAUUCAUAUUCGGUGAUGCAAUCUACCACAUAAACUACCGCCGUCAGAAAAGUUUGCGAAAACCGAUAGAGCUACCAAUAGAAGAUGAUGUUGUUAAGUUACGCCAGCAUACCAUCAACAAAGUGUCCAGAAUGGUCACCGAUGAUUUCAUGGUAUGGGAUUCUAGGAAUUUCAUCAUGCUAAGAGAUCUCACAGUAUCUCGCCUUACUGUCUUCAACGCUCGUAGAGGUGGGGAACCGUCCAGGUUGAAACUGUUUGAAUGGCAAGAAGCUGAAGAUAACCAAUGGAUUGACACCCAGAGGGCUGAGGAUAUGCAGGAUCCAAUUGAGAAGAAACUUCUAAGUCACCUUCGAGUAUCAUACCAAACAGGGAAAGGUAACAACCACUUGGUGCCAAUUCUGUUCCCACCAGACACCAUCGAGGCAAUGAGGAAGCUAACAAGUCAAGAAGUGAGGACCUCAGCCGGUGUCAAAGAGGACAACUUAUAUGUCUUUCCAUGUGUACAGGGAUCAUCAACUCAUGUUACUGGAUGGCAUGCACUUAAGAACAUAUGUAGUGAAGCAGGAAUUGAAGGAUCGGCUAGAUUGACAGCAACAAAAAAUCGCCACAGGGUCAGUACACUAUAUGCGGCCAUGGAGCUUCCUGAGCAUGAUCGAGAAUUGUUUUUCCGUCACAUGGGUCACUCAAGUCUAGUUAACCAGAAUAUCUACCAAGUACCACCUGCAAUUGCUGAGGUAGUGCAAGUUGGGAAGCAACUAAUGCAGAUUGAUGAGCGGAAUCAACAAUCUGAUACCUUGCCCUCUGCAGAAUCUUUGCCAGUAACAGUGUCCAAAGAAGUUGUUGAUGAUGGAUGUACCGAUUUUCCAACUCCACAACUGGCACCUGCUGUUUCAAAGAGUACAGGCAAGAAAGAUGUUAACAUGCUGUUGGCUUGGAAGGAUAAAGAUCCUGUUCCACAAGGUAGUCAUGGAACAAAGAGAAACUACUGCUGGCCCAAGCAGGACGAAGAAAAGGUGGUGGAGUAUUUCACAGGAAUAAUAACUGGAAAGUCCAAGCAGACGAUACCAAAGAAACUUGAAGUUCUGGAUUUCCUUAAUUCAUGCAAAAUGCAAACUGUUUACAAAUGGACAGACAUAAAACUAAGGUGAUGAACGAG